AUGACAAGCAUACACAUAACUUCAGAAAAACUUGUAGCAACUGGUACUAUUGAACCAGAGCUUCACUACAGACCAUAUAUGCGUGAUUGGUGGGUUUUUUCUAAAGACAAUCAAGAGCAUAUACCUUAUCCUAUUCCUAUACGUUUGGAACUUGAGAUUAUAAUACAACUCAAUAAAAUGCCUUUUAUUAUUCGUGUAGUUCGUCAUAUACAUAGUCAUUUACAACUGAGUUACAUAUGUGAAGGAAAUAGAAAAAGUAGUGGUAUGGUUUCAAGUUCCUCAAUAGCAAUUACAUCAGUUUACCAAGCUGUCUUUGGCACUAAAACAAAAUUUGUGGGUUUAUCAUAUUUAGGUUUAGAACAACCUGAAACAUUUCAAAAAUUAUUAGAAAAUGUUAUUUUUUGUCCAUUUAUUAUAAAAAUAGAAAAUUUAUCAAUUUAUGUUGGUUCUCUUGGUAAAAUUACAUGUUCAAAUAGUAAUAUAGUUGGUCAUAAUUAUAUGGCAUCAUUGUUUAAUAAGUACAAAGCAAAACAGUCUGUUUUUUUUCAAACUGUUAAUGAUGACAAUUCAUAUUCGAUUAUAAUUUAUCAGAAUAGUCAAAUCAUCGCUGAAUAUAAAGAUAGUUCUCCCAAUGCUAUUUGGAUCCAAACUGGAGUUCUAAAAUUCUUCCUGGGUGAUACUUUAUUCGCUAUAAAUCACCCAACGACUUUACAACAAUUAGAUCAAAUAUAUAAAGCCAAAUUUAAUCAUCAAACGUUAAUACCAAAUGAGUGUACAUUUGUGGAUUGGAAUAAUAAAACAAUUAUGGAGCAUUUAUUUGAUUUACAUUUAAAAAAAGCAGUUGGCAAUAAAAUAUAUGGUCCAAAUCAUGAAUUUAGAGAAUGUGAACUGAGGGCAUGGCGUGCAAUUUUUCAUGCAACAGGAUGUACAAAUAUUACCCCCUAUGAUAAAGAAAUUUCUAAA